GAGCCUGGUUGAGAGUUGUCAAGAAAAAUGAAAUUAAUUUUUUUAUCUGUUUUUUUCUUUUAAAUAAAGAUGUUCUUUGACAAACAGCUUCCAUUUUCAUAUUCAUCAUACUAGGUACGUAAAAUUGCGCAAUAUUUUAAUUUCUUUUCAUUUUCUCUAACCAGACAAUUGACUUCGAUGAUUUUUAUUUUAUUUUUCUUGGUUUCUUGAGCAAGAUGUGUUUUAUACACACAAGAUAACUGUUCUCAUUUGAUUGGGUUGAUGGGUAUCAGAAUAUUCUACUAGUACAAAACUAUUUCUAAUGCAGGAAAACAAGAAAUUUUUUUUAUCUUGCAGUUGCUGCUAAUCCUCGCAUUUUCUUAUCCAAAAUUGAAAUCCGAAGACAGCCGCCAAAUCCCAAAAUUGGAAGACUUCUGGUUACAGAUUUUCAAUCAUAGGGAAACCCUUUUGUUUCUUUGAAAUCCAAGUUGCUGAGGUCAACCAAGAAGACAUCUAGAGGGAUCAGAUUGGAUCUCCUGUUUUCGAAGUGUGGAUCGAUCAAUGAAUCCAAUUGUUCUGUGAAAAAGGAUUCACGUAGUUGACUCUUGACUCCAAAUUUAUUCGAAUCAAGGCUCGUUUGCAUCUUGGGCUCCCAUGGAAAUCCCAAAACUCUAUGAUUCACAUCUUCUUGUAUUCACCUUUUUCUUCAUCUUCAUUUAUUGCUUGGCAUAUUUCGUCAUUUUGAAACAUUGGAGUAAAAAGUAUAGGGCUGAAGCUUCAAGUUGUGUCAUGUCAUUAGCCCAUGGCACCCCUGCAGUUUUCUUAGCCCUUUUCUCUAUACUAAAAUCUCAAAAGAGUAUAAGCUUAAACCAACUUAAUUUUGCUUCCCCAAACACUGCCUUACAAAGCAUGGUACUAGAAUUUAGCACUGCUUAUUUCUUGAUGGACCUCUUCCACUAUAUUGUCCUAAUUCCAGUUGAUGUGCUUUUCAUUGCACACCACCUAGCCACACUAUAUGUACUUUUGACUUGCAGAUAUGUUUUAGGACAUGGGGCAGUGGCCAUUCUUGGAUUUCUUUUUCUUGCUGAGAUUACAACAUUAUGCCAAAACACGUGGAGCCUAGCUAGAUACAGAAAAGUCGACUCGAAAAAGGCUGCUAAAGUGUAUGAAUUCUUGUCACCCAUUUUCUUUGCAUACUAUACUAUGGUUAGAGGGAUUCUUGGACCACUGUUCGCGUACAAGAUUGGUGUGUUUUUUGCAAGUGGAAUGGACGGUGAUCUAAUUCCUUUGUGGGCACGGAUUUCUUGGAUGGUUGUGACUGUUUGUACAAUUGGGGCUAGCUUAUUGUGGAUAAUGAAUAAAUGGUUAGCUUUGUAUAGAGAUAGAAUCAAGAAAGAGGUGAAGAAAAUCAGUUAACUUGUAGGAACUCAAUGGAAAUGAAAAUAUAUUGUGAAGUAAUAAAUUUGGAAAAUGUACUUGUUUAUAGAUUAGUAAUGGAAUUUUAUCUUCGGUUGGCAAUGUUAUUUUGGGCAACCCUUAAUCCCAUUUCUUGAUUAGUGCAUGUCAUCCUUGUGCUGGACAUGCUAAUCUUCUUUGUUUCA